CACAAGUCACGACCUCUCAACAUCUACAAGUUUCUAAACACAAGGCGGGAAAAGCCCCACUUUGAAACCAUGGCUGCUUCCACAAUGGCUCUCUCCUCCCCAUCCUUUGCCGGCAAGGCGGUGAAGCUCUCUCCUGCCACCCCCGAGCUCCUCGGCAAUGGGAGAGUCACCAUGAGGAGAGGCGUCAGGCCCGCCUCCUCUGGAAGCCCGUGGUACGGCCCGGACCGUGUCAAGUACUUGGGCCCGUUCUCCGGCGAGCCCCCGUCCUACCUCACCGGCGAGUUCCCCGGCGACUAUGGAUGGGACACCGCCGGGCUCUCGGCCGAUCCCGAGACCUUUGCCAAGAACCGCGAGCUCGAGGUCAUCCACGCAAGGUGGGCCAUGCUCGGCGCCCUCGGCUGUGUCUUCCCUGAGCUCUUGGCCCGGAACGGCGUCAAGUUCGGCGAGGCCGUGUGGUUCAAGGCUGGGGCCCAGAUCUUCAGUGAAGGUGGGCUCGACUACUUGGGCAACCCUAGCUUGAUCCAUGCCCAGAGCAUCCUGGCCAUCUGGGCUUGCCAGGUCAUCUUGAUGGGAGCCGUCGAGGGCUAUCGCAUUGCCGGCGGGCCUCUCGGUGAGGUCACCGACCCACUUUACCCUGGCGGGAGCUUCGACCCGUUGGGCCUGGCCGAUGACCCUGAGGCCUUUGCGGAGCUCAAGGUGAAGGAGAUCAAGAACGGCAGGCUUGCCAUGUUCUCCAUGUUUGGGUUCUAUGUGCAGGCCAUUGUGACAGGAAAGGGUCCAUUGGAGAACUUGGCUGAUCACCUCGCUGACCCUGUCAACAACAAUGCUUGGGCCUAUGCCACCAACUUCGUCCCCGGCAAAUGAGCUUUAGAAGCAACAUGUUUUUGCUUCAAGUGUGCUCUUAUUGGUGUAAUGUAAAUUUGUGCAAAUUUUAUUGAGAGGUUAAUGUGAGUUUUGUCGUUAAUCCA